GCCCCUUCUUCUAUCCCUCAAUUUCAGUCUGUAUGCAUUAACAAAAAAAACAUACACACACUUAAAAUUAACCCAAAAAACAGCUAAUUAUAUUGAGAAUCGCUUCGAUCGUUGCUAAAUUCAUGCGAAAAAUUGAUUCUUUUCGAUUUGCCGUUUAGGAGUUUAUUGCAAAUAAUUUGGUACACGUGUUCUUCUGUGAAUGGUGGUGAUCAACCAGUGUCUGGGUUUUUAAUUUCAAGGAAUUGGGAGGGAAUUUUGGAAGUGUUUGUUAUUAGGUUUUUGUGAGUGCCUUUUUGGGUUAAAGUUUGGUUCUUUGAUUGGGUAGGUGAUUAUGCUGGAUUUCAGGAUAGAGGUUGGGUUUGGGAGAAUUUGAGCACUUUGGGGUGAGGUUUAAGGUUAGAGUUCUGGGUUAUUUGUGGCCCAGGAUGGUUCAGGAGCCUGAGCUUGAACAAGGAGAGACUUGCUAUUACAGUGAUCCUGAUGUAGCUCUCUCUUACAUUGGGGAGAAGGUUCAGAGCAUACUGGGCCAUCUGCAGAAAGAUUUCGAAGGUGGAGUUUGUGCGGAAAAUUUGGAUUAUCUUCUUCACACAGCCGCGCUUUUCCUGCAAGUUAUUCUUACUGUUGGAGGUCUUUUUCUACUGCAUUUUAAGUUUUGCAGUACUGUUGGAGAUGGUCUUAUGCAGGGGCAAAAUUUGGUGGGUAUGGUUCUUUUUUACCCACUUAUCAACGGUCUCCUUCAAUUUGGUCGCAGCCAAAAUCUCCACAAAGAGUUCAAAAUUCCCACUUGCCUGGAUCUCCUAAUACCCGUCCGAGGUAUAUAUAUGGGACCCACCCCUAAAUCAGUCACACGUUUGACUCGGGGGGAUGAUGCAUCUUCCCCCAGUGUGCACUCUAGCAGACAAAAGGCAACUUUAUCUUCUGGUAAAGUUGCCGAGACAUUCCCAGGAAAAGUUGAACCUCCUUCUAGUAAGUUAGGUGAUCCGCUAGAUCAAAGAACACUGAAGGUUCGCAUUAAAGUCGGACCUGAAAGGGUGGCUCGAUAUAAUGCUCAAAUACAUAGUCUAGGGCUCACGUCUCCGUCUUCCUCAGAGGGAAACAGUCAAGAUGAAAGUGAUGAGUUGCUGCUCGAAACUCGUGAAACACUUACUGCAUCUCCAGCCUACAUGCUUGAGAUGAUGACUUCUUUUCCAACGUCUGAUGGGAUUCUUCUUUCACCUCUAUGUAAAGAUUUACUAAAUUUAACGAGAGAAAGAGAAUGUAAGUUAGAAAGUGAGUAUACAGUUGCUCCCAGGAAUUCUGCAAUGUUGAUUAAGAUCUUGAAUAACGAUGUUCUAGGGGGGAAGAAGACAAAGGCUGUUGAUGACAAAUGGAAAGAUAACCGAGAUUAUCGUGAUGGUUGUGAGCAGAAAAUUUUGCAUGGUGAUAUUUUGGAGUGCAAAUCUUUGCCUGAUAAAGUUAAGAGCUUGGAUAACAAUACUUUAAAUAAUAAGAGGGGGAAAGUAAAAAUGGGGAAAACAGGCGAGCUGGUUUUGGUCAUUCGCUCCAGGAUGUCUCCUUCGAACACACUUCUUGCCAGAGUCAUGGCAAGUGUGAGAAACUAG